CACAAGUCAUUUUUACGUGUGCAAAAUAUGUCAAAUAUUGAAUUGAAUCGAAUGGGCCCUAUUUCCAUUAUUGUUUUCCAAUUAUUUUUAAUUAUUGUAGUUUUAUGUCACGUUUCCAAUUUCAUACGGGGUAGACAUAAUUUGAAGAUAAUAAAUGGUUCAGUUGCUAAACCGGGCCAAUUUCCAUCGCUAGUAUCCCUUCAACUAGAAAAUGGUGAAGGACAUUUCUGCGGCGGAACAAUUAUCAACGCAAAACAUAUUUUUACGGCAGCGCAUUGCAUCGUUGCACAUAAUAAAGACGACAUCGAGAACAAAAUGAUAAUAAUAGCCGGAGAUACCCGUUUGAAACGCAACACGACAUCAAGCCGCCAAGAGCGAUACCCUGAACUGAUAAUUUUACACUCUUAUUUUAACGAGUUCACACUAGAGGAUGAUGCCGCCAUUAUAAGGAUAACUCAUCGAUUCCAAUUUAACGAGUUUGUACAUGCCGUUCCCUUAUCAAAGUCCAAACCAGGUUUGGGAACAGUUUGUGUGAUUGCCGGAUGGGGUGUGACCAGCCCGAACGGAAAAGGACCAGUUUCUGAUAAACUUUUGUAUGCCAAAGUUUAUGUUGUGGAAGGAGACUACUGCGAUUAUUCGCCGGACUACAAAUUCAAGCCAGAUAAAAUGAUAUGUGGUGGAGUUUUAGGUGGAGGUACUGAUGUCUGCACGGCAGACUCAGGAGGACCAUUCUAUUGUGAUCAUGAAUUGAAAGGAGUAAUAUCCCGAGGUAUAUUACCUAGUGCUCGCCCAAAGUCAGGAACUACAUACAGCGAUGUCGCAUAUUACAGAAGUUGGAUGGACGCAGCAAUGUCGUGGGACGGAAAAGGACCAUUUCCACCAUUUAUUAAAACUAACAUCGGCACUGAAUCUACAGGCUCUAUUUUGCUAAGUUUAGUUUUAAUUUUAUUAAAUAAAUGUUUUUCUUGAAAGUUAUAUUCAAAACGUUUAUAUAGAAAAAGUACUCAAACUCAGUAGGAAACUGAC